AUCUUUCAAUAUUAAUAGUCACUGAUUUUUGAUUUUAAAUUUAAUGUAAUGAUACUGGAUUAAACUGAAAAUGCAAGCACCUCCCAAGCCUGAUUUUAAUCUUUCAUCUCGACGAUAUCUUUCUCAAAAAAGAGAGAUGUUCUUUCGUGAAAAUAACUCGGUUCCUCCACCAUCUAAUGUGAAUUUGCCAAAUUUUGUACCAAAUGUAAAUAAUUUUAAUCCUGCAUCUUCUAUGAACCAGAUGAAUAAAGAAAAUACAUCUUCCAACACUUAUGCCAAAGAGAUAGCUGUCCGAGAAAUAGAUGGAUAUGUAGGGUUUGCUAAUUUGCCAAAUCAGAUAUACAGAAAUGCUGUUAAGAAAGGUUUUGAAUUCACCCUGAUGGUUGUUGGGGAAGCUGGCUUAGGAAAAUCUACAUUAAUAAAUUCAAUGUUUUUAACAGAUAUUUAUUCUAGUGAAUAUCCAGGGCCUUCACUUAGACCAAAAAAGACGAUACAAGUAGACGCCACCAAAGUAUUGCUGAAAGAAAAUGGAGUGAAUCUUCAGUUGACUGUUGUUGAUACUCCUGGUUUUGGUGAUGCUGUUGAUAAUUCUGAAUGCUGGCAGCCUAUUAUUGAUUUUAUUGAAAACAAAUAUGAAGAGUUCUUAAAUUCUGAGUCUAGAGUGCACAGAACACUAAGUCCUGAUUCUAGGAUUCAUUGCUGUCUUUACUUCCUUGCACCAUCUGGACAUGGGUUGAAGCCACUUGAUGUAGAAUUUAUGAAAAGGUUGCAUGACAGAGUUAAUAUUAUACCCAUUGUUGCCAAAGCUGAUACACUGACCCCUGAAGAAUGUGCUUCUUUUAAAAGAACUAUUUUAUCAGAAAUUUCUAGAAAUAAAAUAAAAAUCUAUGAUUUCCCUGACUGUGAUGAUGAAGAAGAGAACAAGAUGCAAAAACAGUUAAAGCAGCGUGUACCUUUUGCAGUAGUUGGAAGUAAUACUGUUAUUGAAGCAAAUGGAAAACGAGUUAGAGGGAGGAAGUACCCUUGGGGAGUAGCAGAAGUUGAAAAUAUGGAACACUGUGAUUUUAUAGCCCUUAGGGAUAUGUUAAUAAGGACACAUAUGCAGGAUUUGAAAGAUGUCACAAAUAAUGUACAUUAUGAAAACUAUAGGUGUAGAAAACUUGCUUCUGUUACAAAUGGCGAAAAACCAAUGAGAAUAUCAAAUAAUUUUUGCCCACAAAGGAUUUUAAACACAUUCAUGGUAUUUUGGAAUCCUCUUGCACAAAUGGAAGAAGAGCGUAAAGAACAUGAACAGAAAAUGAAGAAAAUGGAACAAGAAUUAGAACAAGUUUUUGAAUUGAAAGUUGGAGAAAAAAUGCAAAAGCUAAAGGACUCUGAAGCUGAUCUUCAAAAACGCCAUGAGCAAAUGCAAAGAAAUCUAGAAGCACAAAGGAAAGAAUUAGAAGAACGAAUAAAAGACUUUGAAAAUGAAAGGGCAGCAUUUGAAGCUACUACUAGAGAUGAAGAAGUUGUGCGCAGAAUGUCAGUUGAUGUUAAUUUGAAAGACACAAAUGAUGUAAAAGACAAAAAGAAAGAAAAGAAAAAAGGAUUAUUUUAAUAAAUAAUAUCAAAUGUGUAUGGACUAAUAAAUUUUUGUCUCUUUUAUAACAAACAUUUUUAAAUGCUUUGUGAAUUUUUUUAUUAUUAUAUGAAGUAUUCGGAAAAUUGAUUCAAAGCUAUGCAUGUUUAUUGCUAAGUAUAUUUAAUAUUUCUUAAAUACUUCAUUGUAAUAAUGAUAAUAAUAAUUAAUGUAGCAUUUCAAAAUCCAAUCUUUUUAUUGUUAAUAACAAAGGACUAUUUGUGUGAGGUACUGUGUACUGAAAUUUAACAAAAAUUGCAACAUCAAAUGUAAAAUGAUCGAAACUGCUUUGUGCUAAAGUAUGAUUAAAAUGAAAGAAGAAAAUUAAA